CACCAAUUUCUGUGCAGAGGAGGACUUUGGGGAAGCUAUUGCAUUCUGUGUAUCUACAACUUCUUGCUUUACAAAAAAGUUGUCUCCAAUUGCCCCUUAUUCCAGUUCCUUUGUUAUGCCUCAAAUUUCUUACAUAGGAUUAUACGAAUGUUUUAAAUGAAACAUUUAACUUGCUUUGUUGGUUGAUGGAUUUAUUCAUAAAGGGAACCUGUUCAACUUCCAUUCGUCACAAGUAACAGCACUCAAAGUCUCCAAAAUAAUUCAAAUGCUUCUAUUAAUCUUUAUCCCACUCUCACUCUCAUAGCCUGGUGUAAAUUAGAGAAACUGUAAACAAAGUACAUCUGGCUCCUCUUGUCAGAACAUCAGUGUUAUUCCUAUGAUGCAACUGCAGAUGUUGGUGUAAACUGAAGAUAGUCACAAGAUGCUGGAGUAACUCAGCAGGACAGGCAGCAUCUCUGGAGAGAAGGAAUGGAUCAGUUAAACAGAUUUGCAGGAUUUGGCAUUGGUCUUGCAAGUCUCUUCACAGAAAAUGUUUUGGCACAUCCCUGUAUUGUUUUUCGGCGGCAGUGUCAGGUCAAUUAUCAUGCAAAAAAUUAUCAUCUUACUCCUUUCACCGUUGUUAACAUAAUGUACAAUUUCAGCAAAACACAGGGUUUAAAAGGAUUAUGGAAAGGGAUGGGAAGUACGUUUAUUGUUCAAGGAGUAGCUUUGGGUACUGAAGGCGUCAUAAGUGAAUUUGCACGUCUUCCUAGAGAGGUUUCACAUAAAUGGAGUCCAAAACAAAUUGUUGGUCAUCUUGUACUCAAAGGGUUGACAUGUGCUGUGGCAAUGCCUUUUUACUCGGCUAGUUUAAUCGAAACUGUGCAGAGCGAGAUCAUUAGAGACAAUCCAGGAAUAUUUGAUUGCGUGAAGGAAGGUGUAUGCAGACUGGUGGGAAUGGGUGUCCCACACAGCAAGCGCCUGCUUCCUCUUGGAGUCUUAAUCUUUCCAACUGUCUUGCAUGGAGUGCUCCAUUACAUCAUCAGUGCCAUCAUUCAGAAGUUAAUUCUAUUUUUUCUACGGAGGAAGGCAUCACAUCAGUGCCCAGCUGAUGCUUCCAGUUCCAUACAGACUGUGCUGGACGCUUAUUUCCCUGAACUUUUUGCUGCUUUUGUUGCUAAUCUUUGUGCUGAUGUUUUAGUUUAUCCAUUGGAAACUGUACUUCACCGCCUUCACAUUCAAGGAACACGCACCAUCAUUGAUAACACAGACCAUGGAUAUGAAGUUCUUCCUAUUAACACCCAGUAUGAAGGAAUGAAAGACUGCAUUAAUGUAAUCAAGAAAGAAGAAGGCAUAUUUGGCUUCUAUAAGGGUUUUGGGGCAGUUCUUGUCCAGUACACAUUGCAUGCUGCUGUACUGCAGAUUACUAGAAUAAUAUAUUCGACAUGGUUGCAAAAUACCACUUAAUCCAGGAGUUUAAGAUGUCAUUGGUAAAUAACCAAUAGUCAUGAAGAACAAGUUAUUAAUUUCCUAUGAUGUAUGUUAGAAGCACUAAUAAAAUGCACUCUGUAACUAUUUAAACUACUGAGUUGUUAAAUCUAGUUUUAAAAAUAAGUAUUUGUAAAAUUGUAAAGCUGCCCAUGAUUUAUGACUUUUAAUGUCCUUUUAAUUUAGAUUCCUGCCAUUCCCCAUGAUUCUCUUUUUGAAGUAUCAUUUUCUCCCACAAUGCAGUAUCCAUCCAAAUCAGAAUAAGCCAAAAGGAAUGAUAAACAUAUUCUCUAUUACUUAACAUGAAAAUAACUGAUAGAGCUGUUUCCUUUGUAAUUUUUGAUAAGCAUCUUUACUUUUAUUGGCACACCUUCUGCAUGGAAUAGAUUUUUCAUGUCUCCUUGCCUCAUUUAUUUCAUGGAAGAAUGUCACAAUGUGGACAAACCGAAUUCUUCAUCCCUAGUGAAUUUAUCUGCUGAAAACUAUUAAAUGGUAAGAAAAGGAGAAUCAUAAUUUGGCUUAAUGUUUAGUUAAAGUUAGAGUGCUUUAUUACUGCAGUGUUGUAAUUUACUAAUUUUGACUGGCUUUGCCUUAUUGGAUUUCUUUAUUUCCAGGUAUCAAGAAUGUGGCUUUUUUGUAUAUAAUAAUUAUCUUUAUCAUUGUACAAACCAUAAUAUGAUGAAUGAAAGCUAACGCGUUCUUUGAGUUCCAUUUGUGAUCUGGAUACAAAUGAACAUACUUCCUAUUUUUU